GCGCCCGGGGUCCCCGCUGUGCGGGGCCACUAGGACCCUCAGCGUCCCCUUCCCUCCCCCGCCCUGCCCCCUCUCCUGCAGCGCGGAUUCGGGCGUUCACAGCGCCCAGCUUUUUGAGCUCGCGUCCCCAGGCCGGCGGGGGGGGAGGGGAAGAGAGGGGACCCCAGGAUCCCCGCCCCCCCCACCCGGCCGCCCCUGCCCCCCGGGACCCGGAGAAGAUGUCUUCGCGGACAGCACUGGCCCCGGGCAACGAUCGGAACUCGGACACGCAUGGCACCUUGGGCAGUGGCCGCUCCUCAGACAAAGGACCAUCCUGGUCCAGCCGCUCCCUGGGUGCCCGCUGCCGGAAUUCCAUCGCCUCCUGUCCUGAGGAACAGCCCCACGUGGGCAACUACCGCCUGCUGAGGACCAUCGGGAAGGGCAACUUUGCCAAAGUCAAGCUGGCUCGGCACAUCCUCACUGGUCGGGAGGUGGCCAUCAAGAUCAUCGACAAAACCCAACUGAAUCCCAGCAGCCUGCAGAAGCUAUUUCGAGAAGUCCGCAUCAUGAAGGGCUUAAACCACCCCAACAUCGUAAAACUCUUCGAGGUGAUUGAGACUGAGAAGACACUGUACCUGGUGAUGGAAUAUGCAAGUGCCGGAGAAGUGUUUGACUACCUCGUGUCACAUGGCCGCAUGAAGGAGAAAGAAGCUCGAGCCAAGUUCCGACAGAUUGUAUCAGCUGUGCACUAUUGUCAUCAGAAAAACAUUGUACACAGAGACUUGAAGGCCGAGAACCUCUUGCUGGACGCAGAGGCCAACAUCAAGAUUGCUGACUUUGGUUUCAGCAAUGAGUUCACACUGGGCUCAAAGCUGGACACGUUCUGUGGGAGUCCCCCAUAUGCCGCCCCAGAGCUGUUUCAGGGCAAGAAAUACGACGGGCCAGAGGUGGACAUCUGGAGCCUCGGCGUCAUCCUAUACACCCUCGUCAGCGGCUCCCUGCCCUUUGACGGGCACAACCUCAAGGAGCUGCGAGAGCGUGUCCUCAGAGGGAAGUACCGAGUCCCUUUCUACAUGUCAACAGACUGUGAGAGCAUCCUGCGGAGGUUUUUGGUGCUGAACCCAGCUAAGCGCUGUACCCUCGAGCAAAUCAUGAAAGACAAAUGGAUCAACAUUGGCUAUGAGGGUGAGGAGUUGAAGCCAUACACAGAACCCGAGGAGGACUUCGGGGACACCAAGCGAAUCGAGGUGAUGGUGGGUAUGGGCUACACACGGGAAGAAAUCAAAGAGGCCUUGACCAGCCAGAAGUACAACGAAGUGACCGCUACCUACCUCCUGCUGGGCAGGAAAACUGAGGAGGGUGGGGACCGGGGCACCCCAGGGCUGGCCCUGGCACGGGUGCGGGCGCCCAGCGACACCACCAAUGGAACGAGCUCCAGCAAAGGCACUAGCCACAGCAAAGGGCAACGGAGUUCCUCUUCCACCUACCACCGCCAGCGCAGGCAUAGUGACUUCUGUGGCCCAUCCCCAGCACCCCUGCACCCCAAGCGCAGCCCAACGAGCACAGGGGAGACGGAGUUGAAAGAGGAGCGGCUACCAGGCCGGAAGGCGAGCUGCAGUGCUGCAGGGAGUGGAAGUCGAGGGCUGCCCCCCUCCAGCCCCAUGGUCAGCAGCGCCCACAACCCCAACAAGGCAGAGAUCCCAGAGCGACGGAAGGACAGCACAAGCACCCCUAACAACCUCCCCCCCAGCAUGAUGGCCCGCAGGAACACCUAUGUAUGCACAGAGCGCCCAGGGGCUGAGCGCCCUUCACUGUUGCCAAAUGGCAAAGAAAACAGCUCAGGCACCCCACGAGUGCCCCCUGCCUCCCCCUCCAGUCACAGCCUAGCUCCCCCAUCAGGGGAGCGGAGCCGUCUGGCACGAGGCUCCACCAUCCGCAGCACCUUCCAUGGUGGCCAGGUCCGGGAUCGGCGGGCAGGGGGUGGGGGUGGUGGGAGUGUGCAGAAUGGUCCCCCUGCCUCUCCCACACUGGCCCAUGAGGCCGCACCCCUGCCCGCUGGGCGACCACGCCCCACCACCAACCUCUUCACCAAGCUGACCUCCAAACUGACCCGAAGGGUCGCAGACGAAUCUGAGAGAAUCGGGGGACCUGAGGUCGCAAGUUGCCAUCUACCUUGGGAUCAAACGGAAACCGCCCCCCGGCUGCUCCGAUUCCCCUGGAGUGUGAAGCUGACCAGCUCGCGCCCUCCCGAGGCCCUGAUGGCAGCUCUGCGCCAGGCCACAGCAGCCGCCCGCUGCCGCUGCCGCCAGCCACAGCCGUUCCUGCUGGCCUGCCUGCACGGGGGUGCGGGCGGGCCCGAGCCCCUGUCCCACUUCGAAGUGGAGGUCUGCCAGCUGCCGCGGCCUGGCCUGCGGGGAGUUCUCUUCCGCCGUGUGGCGGGCACCGCCCUGGCCUUCCGCACCCUCGUCACCCGCAUCUCCAAUGACCUUGAGCUCUGAGCCACCACAGCCUGGGUCUUCUUCUCUUCCUCUCCCUUGUCUCCUUCACUUCUACAGAAGGGAAAGGGGGCAGGGAGGGGAUUCUUCCUGUGUCAUCACCUCAGUGUCCCUGAAUUAGAUAUGGAGACAGAGAUCGUUCCCUAUGCUGUCCUUUGGGGCCGCUUGGCACUGGAGAAGAAUGAGGAGACUUAGUAGGGAGGAGCUGGCACCUUCCUUGGAGCCUCCAGCCGGUCCUGUCCCCCCUCACCCUGCCACGGGGGGCAGCUGAGGAGACUCUGGGGGCAGGGCAAGGGCAGGAAGGGAAACUGAGAAAAUCUUUCCAUUCCUCUCAACACCUCAAGGAUUAGGCCUUGAGCAGGGACAGGGAGAGCUGCUGAGCCUACAGACUGGAGAACUGGGGGGUUGGAGGUGGGGGUCAGAGAGGCAGAUUCCCUCCCCUCCCUUCCCCUCAUGCUCGAACCCUCUUCCUGCCCCAGGCUGGCGCGGGGCACUUUGUAUAAAUCCUUGUAAAUACCCCACACCCUCCCCCCUGCAGAGGUCUCUUGAGGAGCUGCCACUGUCACCUCCAGUUUUUAAGUUAUUAUACCCCACCAUCCUGUCAGCCCCCUCACCUGCAGCCUUUUGCCCAAUAAACUUAGGAGAGUCCCCCCCCUCCCGCCCCCCACGCUGACCUGGGCUUUUCCUUCCCUGCCCUCACCUGCAAGUGAGUUGAAGAGGAGAUAUGUGACUUUGGGCAAAUGGUCUCUCCUUUUUGAGCCUCAAUUUUCUCAUCUGCAGAAUGGGAGUACUGGGGGUGUGAGGGUCAAGGAUGGUUGUCGAAGAGAGUGGGACAGAACUCAGCCUCAUCCACUCACGUUCCUGCCCGCCAUGUUACACUGGACUUCAAACCACUUCUUACUCCAAUAGUACAUUUAUUCAAUAAACAGUCAUUGACUAGUGCCUACUCAGUGCCAAGCCUGGUGCUGGAUAUGAAGACGUGAGAAAUCCCCGUCUGAGAGAGGGGUUGUGACACAAAACACUAGAGAAACUAAUGUCCUGGGAGCCUGGAAGGAAAAGUGUGGGUGUUGAAGAUGUUCUAAAGGAACCAAUGCUGGAGUUGGGCUUUAAAGGAUGUGUAGGAGUUAACUAGGUAUCCCAUCUGGGCGAAGAAAAUCCCCUAAGUGGGGAUGCCUGGUAUGUCUUCAGAGAAUGGUGGGUAAUUUUGCUGUGGCUGCUUUGUUGGGCAUGUGUGGAGAAUUAACAAGAAAUGCUGUAUUAGGACUAAUAAUCUGUCUACACUGCUUAAGCAAAAAGGUAUUGUCAAAUUGUAUUACUUUUUUUUUUUUUGAG